GGUAGUUGUUAAUUGAGACUGAGACAUCGAGGGCUGAACGCGAUGCUGAAGGAGCUGCUGUUGUUAGCGCUGACGGCGCUGUGCAUGUCGGAUGCCAUCCGCAUCACCAGCAAGACGGCCGACAUGGACUUCCUCCAUAAGCAGAAGAAAAUCUACGAGCUGAUGUUAUUCGUCAAGCAGAACACCCUCACCGACAUGGAAUUCUACGACAUCGGCCGCAACUAUGACAUCGAGAGUAACAUCGACAUGUACAAAGACAAGUUGAUCGUUCAGGAGUUCCUGUACUUGUACAAGCAAGGCAUGAUGCUUAGCCGCGAUGCCAUUUUCUCGCCGUACAACGAGGAACAUCGUGAGGAGAUGAAACUUUUCUUCAAACUCCUAUACUGCGCCAAGGACUUCCAGAUUUUCUACAAAACCGCCGCCUGGGCGCGUCUUCAUCUCAACGACGGCCUCUUCACGUCCGCCUUCACCGUCGCUGUCUUUUACCGUCCCGAUUGCAAGUACAUGAGACUGCCGGCGCCCUACGAAAUCUAUCCCAAUCUGUACUUCGAUAGCACUGUCAUUCAGCAGGCUCACGACAUCAAGAUGACUCGUGGUAACACACAUCUCACCACCACCAACAUGGACAACAUCGACAGCUACAUGAUCUACGCCAACUACUCCGGACACUUCGUCAAGCCCUACUUCGACGACGAGUACAAGAUGGACUACUGGAUGGAGGACAUCAGCUUGAAUGCCUACUAUUACUACGCCCGUAAAGUAAUGCCGUUCUGGCUCGACAUGAAGAACAUGGACAUGCCGAAAGAAUUCCGCGGCCACUUCUACUAUUUCCUGCACAAACAACUGCUGGCCCGCUACUACCUGGAACGCCUCUCGAACGAUCUGGGCGACAUCGAGGACUUCGACUGGGACAAGGCCUUCUACCCCGGCUACUAUUCGACCCUGAUGUACGACAACGGAAUCGCCAUGCCGCAACGCUCUCGCUACAUGAACGUGCCGUUCUACAAGUACGAGCACUUGAAGGACAUCGAGGCGUUGGAGAUGCGCAUCAUGAACGCCGUCGAUCUCGGCUACGUAUACGACAAGACCGGCAAGCAGAUCAACAUCUACACCCCCGAGGGCCUGGAGAUCCUCGCGAAUCUGAUCGAGGGUAACGUGGACUCGUGCAACUGGCGCUUCUACGGUAUGUACGACGCCCUCGCCCGCGACAUCCUCGGCUUCAACUUCGACUACAAGGACAAGAACAAGAUGAUCCCGAGCUCUCUUCAGUGCUACAGCACCAGCAUGAGAGACCCGGGCUUCUACCGGCUGUACAAGAAGAUCAUGACGUACUUCCUCAGGUACAAGAAGUACAUGCCGUACUACACCCAAAACGAGCUGAUUUUCCCCGGCGUCAAACUCGAAUCCGUAAACAUCGAUAAGCUGCUGACCUACUUCGACAACUGCGAUACGUUCAUCAACAACGCCGUUUCCGUGGAGAGCUUCAAGGACGGCAUGAAGCUGCGCAUGAAGGUGCGCCGCCACUGCCUGAACUACAAGCCCUUCACCUACCGCUUCAACAUCAACAGCGACAAGGAGACCAAGGCCAUGCUGAAGAUCUUCCUCGGACCCGCCUUCGACGACGUACACAUGGACAAGGACAUAUCUUACUUGCGCGAUUACUACAAGUACUUCGUCGAGAUGGACAAAUUCAUCGUAACGCUGAGACAAGGCACGAACAGCAUUGAACGUCGCAGCUCCGACUCCAUGUACACCAUGUCCGACAUGAUGUCCGGCGAUAUGUUCUACAAGAAACUGGAGAAGGCGGUGGGCGGUAGCGAGCCGUUCACCUACUACGAGAAGCUCUUCGGCUUCCCCGAGCGUCUGACGCUGCCCAAGGGCAAGCCCGAAGGUAUGCGAUUCAAGAUGUUCUUCUACCUGAGCCCGAUCGACGAGACCAAGAUGACGACCGUGGAGCUGCCGAUCUUCGGCAAGAGGAUGAUGGACGGGAAACCGCUCGGCUUCCCGCUCGACAGACCGAUGUGGCCGUGGAAGUUCCUCACGCCGAACAUGCUCUUCAAGGACGUGCACAUCUACCACACGAUGGAGAACGAGAAAACGAUGAACUUCUAAGUUACCUCCCGAGCUAGCUGCCAAACUUCCGCUUAUUCAAAAAAAAGAUCAUGAUGAUAAUUGUCGUUUAGAAACUCUCUAUCACACAAAUAUAUAGAUCGCAUGACUUCCUUCAAUAAAGAAUGCUGAUAAAAUA